AUGACGACGAUUCCAGCUCGGCUGGCCAAGGCGGCACAGGUGUCGCACUCGUUGGCGCACGCCCAGAGCCGUGCGCGCUCGCUGUAUCGCAGCUUCUACCGUUCGGUGCCGGAGAUUUGUGCUCUGUACCCGCUAGAUGUGCCGCCCGCUCUGUUGCGUGCCAAGAUCCGCACCAAGUUUGAGCGCUAUCGCCAUGUGACGGAUGUGGCCGUGCUCGACAUUCUUCUGCACAAGGGCCACACAGAAUACCAAGAGACGAUGAACGCUUGGAAGCAGGCGCCCCAUGUCAUGCAGUGGUUCCGUGAGGAAGAGGCACCGGCCAAACCCGAGACGUUCCUGGGCAAGUUUUAUGCUACGCGUGAUGAGGGUCGUGGUCCCACGCACGAGGGUCUCUAG